CUAAUCAAGAAAAUUGCUACAAAAAAACGACAUUUUAUUUCCCGCGCUGAGCGUCUUCAGAAAACACCGUCUGAACCAGCCAAUCAGGCUCUGCCAUGUUGGGACACUCCAGCCAAUGAGAGCGCUCAACCAGGAGGAAAAACUUGCAUGGCUCGGAGUGGGGAAGAGAGGAACAAUGAAGCGUGUAUCAUCCUCCGUCCGCGUCAGCAUGACAGGAAAAAAAAAACGCGAAGUUUCAGAGGAGGAUUCCUCUGCUUUGGACGCGGUUCAAGAAUGCCUCUGAGCCCCUCAGCUCGGCCAAAAACACCCGACGGCAGUGAGUUGUGUUGCCCACUACCACUGCAAGAAACGCGGGGUAGCAUGGAAGUGAUGCCCCGCUGCUCAACAAGCCCCGCUGAAUUACUCUUAAAAACAAAAACAAAAACAAAUACCUUCAGGGCUGUCCUGCACGCGGGGCCAAAUUAAAAUCCUGCCCCCCUCCUCUCCUGAUGUCAAACCAUUUUGCACGCUGACUUCCGCCCCGCUUUGCUCUCCCUCCCUAGUCUGCAUCAGCCGGCGAGCAGCUAAUAUGACAGGAGGAUACAUUAUCACACGGAGCCAUGGAAAGCUGACUUAAAAACUUCAUUUAGACAGUAGGCGGAUGUCGUGUGCGGUUGAUAUAGGUCAGGGAAGGAUUCGGGGAAACGGAGGAAGACGCGAAUGUAUUUUUUGAUGCAAUGGGAUUUGCUACUUUCGUAUGAAGAGGCGGACCUAUGAGACGCUGCGAGUUCAAUAUGCUGAAGCUGUCCCCGGUGUUUGUAUACUGUACGUGGAAGUACAGAGACUGUUUUCUUCCAACUCACAGGCCUACGUAAGGAUUUAAUACAGUACUUGAUAUUAUUUGUAUCUCACGGAUAUCCACGGUAAAAAAAAAAGAUAUCUUUUUUUUGGGGGAGUCUGUUUUUGUUUUGGACAGGGAAUUCCUUCAGAGGCUGCAUGUGCUUUGCUCCUUAGCUGUCUAUUCACUACACGGUCUUUUUGUUUUGUUAGCUAAUAUACAUUUUUUUUUAAAAUUGAUAGAAUUAGAAAUGGGGGGCUGGCUUGUCGUAGCUCGCAGCAGUCACCCCUCUGAAACAGCCAGUAAAGCCAUUGGAGGCUAUUAGAGUUUUAUAGAAUUUUUUUUUUGAAGGGGGUCUUCUUUCAAAGUAGUUUGGCUUCUUGUUGACCCACGAUGAACCAUUAUUUUGUUGGUAUUUUUCACGCUCCUGUAAGGUUUUGUGACAGCAGUGACUGCUGUUUUAGCUGUUAGCCGGUAGGUUUGCAAACUAAUCUACUGCGUGUAAGUUGGUGCAUUUUCCAGGUGUCCCCUUUUCUUGUGACACCACCAUAUUUACACUCCUGCUUAAAAAGACUGUUUUUUUUUGGCAGACUAUUGCUGUGUUUUCCAGUCUGAACCAUACAUCUUUUUUUUUUUCGCAAUUGUCCCCCCCCCGGUGCUUUAAAUCCCCACUCCCGGCCCCACGGAUACGAUUGACUAGAUUUUCACCUCCUUUUUCCACCAUGAGUUACAUCCACAAGGUAUUGAAUGUAUUGCUACGUGGACUCGUCAUCUAUGCGGUACUGGGCUUGGAGUGCACUUACUCCAGUGAUCUACCCAGCCACUCGUCUGAUGCUACAAAUGUAGCCACCACAGACCCCUGUCUUAUAGUGAUGCCGCCAUGCAUGGGCGAGGCCGACCGCUUCAGUCUGGAGGCGCUGCGGCACAUCCACAAACAGCUCGACGACGACAAUGACGGGGGAAUAGAAGUCAACGAGAGUGUGGAGUUUAUAAUAGAAGACAUGAAGCAGCAGCAAACCAACAAACACAGCAACCUGCACCGUGAAGACCAGCACAUCACCGUGGAGGAGCUGUGGAAGGGCUGGAAGACCUCUGAAGUCCACAACUGGACCACGGAGGACACGGUGCAGUGGCUGAAGGAGUCGGUGGAGCUGCCGCAGUAUGAGAAGAACUUCCGGGAUUUCCGGGUCACGGGGAACACCUUACCUCGAAUAGCGGCAAAUGAACCGUCGUUUAUGUCGAUGCAGCUAAAGAUAUUAGACCAGCGGCAUAAACAAAAACUAAACCUAAAAGCACUAGAUGCAGUGCUUUUUGGCCCUCCUCUCCGUCCACAGCAUAACUGGAUGAAAGACUUUGUCCUGAUGGUUUCCAUAGUGAUUGGUGUCGGGGGCUGCUGGUUUGCCUAUGUGCAGAACAAGUCCAGCAAGGUGCACAUCUCUCAGAUGAUGAAGGAUCUGGAGAGCCUGCAACACGCUGAGCAAAGCCUCUUAGACCUGCAGAGCCGGCUGGAAAAGGCUCAGGAGGAGAACCGGACGGUGGCCGUGGAGAAGCAGAACCUCGAGCAGAAGAUGAGGGAUGAGAUCACCGGGGCCAAAACGGAGGCUCACAGGCUUCGAGAGCUGCGGGAGGGUGCCGAAUGUGAACUCAGCCGCCUUAAAUAUGCUGAGGAAGAGCUAGUACAGGUGCGAAAGGCUCUGAAGCGAGCAGAGAAGGAGAUGCAGUCGGAGCGGUCGGUGCCCGAAGCUCUUCAGAAGUGGCUCCAGCUCACACACGAGGUGGAGGUUCAAUACUACAACAUCAAGAAACAGAAUGCUGAGUUUCAGCUGUGCGUCGCCAAAGACGAGGCAGAGAAAAUAAAAAAGAAAAGAGGUUCUGUGUUUGGAACUCUUCACGUAGCCCACAGUUCAUCGCUGGACGAGGUGGACCACAAGAUACUAGAAGCAAAGAAAGCCCUGUCAGAGGUAACGGCGUGCCUGAGGGAGCGGCUGCACCGCUGGCAGCAGAUUGAGAAGCUCUGCAACUUCCCUGUUGUCAAUAACUCGGGGCUGCCGAGCCUGACGGCCAGCCUCUACUCAGACCACAGCUGGGUGGUCAUGCCGCGAGUCUCUGUGCCUCCCUACCCCAUCGCAGGGGGGGUGGAUGACCUGGACGAGGACACGCCUCCCAUCAUUCCGCAGUUCACAACGACCACGUUGAUCCGGCCCUCGCUGACCCGCAGCAGCAGCCUGUGUCGUUCCCGCCGGAGCCUGAUGAGCUCUCCACAGUCCUCACUGAUGUCCCCGGACCCCGACCUGCUGUCCAUGGCCAGCUCUUCCCUCUCCUAUCGCCCCGAGGCAGACGACGAACAUAUCAUGUUCAGCUCGGAUAGGAGGGGGUAUGUAGCGGUGGCCGGAACGCCGCGGAAUGGUUUUACUGUUUGGACUCACAGGGAACCGGCUCAGGAGGGCAGCUCCGACACAGACUCUCUCAGCUCCUCCAUGGGCCGCAAGCAGCUGCACAACCCCUGCACGCCGGGCUCGGACACCCCGUACCGCAAGAUCUCCCGCGAGGAGCUGCUGCUGUUCGGCCAGAGUCCAGAACUUUCUGCGUCCACCCCCACCACCUCCACCACCCACACCAGCAGCAGCAGCAGCAGCAGUCUCAGGGACUCCACGCCUCCCCCUCUGCCUCCAAUUCCAGCCACCACCCCCUCCGGCCCGCCAUCCACCUCGGCUUCCCCGGCCUUGGAGCACCACCCGUUUACACACAGAGGCUCGCCCGACCUCACCCGCAUCAUACCCGAGUCCCAAAGCGUAACCUUCUCACAGGGGAACAUCACCUCUCCGGCGGGCAAGGGCAUGUACAACGGCAUCCUGGAGAAGUCCUACAGCUUCGGCCAGCUGCCCGCGAGCAUGCUGCCCAACGUGGGCCGUUACCCGUCUCUUACCUCCCUGGACUCGGAGGGCCGGAGCGUGGGAAAGGAAUACAAGCUCCAGAGCACCUCCUCCCAGGACUCCAGCGACAAUGGAGAGAAAAUUAAGCGCUCCUCCUCUAAAAUCAAAAGCUUAUUUAAGAAGAAAAAAUAAACCUUGCAGAGUGAGACAUAGUGUGUGUGUGUGAGAGAGAGAGAGAGAGAGAGAGAAAUAAAAUAAAAUAUAAAGAGUUGUUUUAGCCCUAAUACUAAAAAAUGAACAUUACUGUAAGCUAAAACAUUUCAUUUUCUCUCUUAUUUUUCUUCUUUUUUGUCGUCAAAGAUGGAAUGUAGCUCAGUCUGGGUGCCUUUAAACACCUCAGACUGGUAGCCUUAUUUUUCAAUAAUGCCUUUUUAUUUAGUUCACUCAUAGCCUCACAGGGAAACCUGCCAAGGUAAAGGAAAGGUCAAAGGUCAUGAUCGUUGUCAUCCAGACAGCCAGAACACAUGACCUGUUCACUGUCUUCAUUUUGGUUUGAGUUUGAUGCCAGAAAGCCACUAUGUGUAAGGGUCUAAAGGUGCAGUCCAUAAAUGUAUUCUUAAGCACACAACGUCCAGUGUUUCACUGUUGAUGUGUUGUCCAGAAUGAUGUUUGCUGUUCCUACUGAAACUAUUUAAAUCACACUUUCAGCAGUGACGGCAACACAUGAAUACCACCAAGAAAAAAAGCUCAUAAGAUUUCAUAAAAACAUAAUUUUGACAAUUUCUUUCUGAAGCGUCCUAACUUCUUCUGCCCGUUCAAAUUAUGGAUUGCAUCUUAAUUGAUUAAUUUCCUUUUGAGAGAAAAAAAAAAUCCUGCUAAAAGUUUGUUGCACUACUGCUUUCCUGGUAUUUUGGGAAAGUGCCGCUGCUUGCGGAGUACAUAUUGAAUAAAGAUAUAGAGAUGAGAGAAAUACAUGGGCAGCGGCAGUGAAGAUGCAGCACAUAAUGUCAGAGCCAAAAUGAUCUGAUGUGUCUUCAAUGCCACUACUUAUGGAUGUCUCAAUAUAUAUAUAAAUAUAUAUAUACUUUGUUUUCAUAUUAUUAUGUUCUUAUAGAUGUUUUUAAAUAGAUUUAUAUCGGUGGGGGUUCCUAUGAACUGAUCUUUACUGAAGAAAGUUGAUUGAAUAUGCAGAUUUAACCCGCACCAGUCAUUUCCCCUGUAAUCUAGCUGUCCCUUAUUACUUGAUUAACUGUGUCCUGUAGCCAUACCAACAUACCAUUUCCAUUUUUUGUCUUAAAUACCUUGUCACCUCUGUAAAAUUUGGUGUCACUACCAGAUUUUGGUCAAAUUGUCUGUGCAAAUAAUUCUUUUUGUGUUUGGAGUGCAGUAUUCAUGCUGCAUUUAAAGAUACCUGAGUGCAGCUGACUACACUGUCUCUACUGUACUGUGAUGAUGUGGUCUCUACCAUCUGCGUUUCCAAGCUUUUUUUUAAAGACAAACACAAACAAAAAAGGAACUAUUUGAUCCAGAUCUGAUCGAAACACCCCCCCACCCCCACCACACACACACACACUAAGCUCGAAGCCGACCCAUGCAAUACGGUCCCGUUCCUGUUCCUCACCUCUGGGCCCGCACCGAGCGCACUGAUGUCAGGAGCUCCUGCUUCACACUGUGAUUUCUACCUUCUUCCCUUCAUCCUGGACCUGGCUGUCACUGGUGCAAUUUAAACACGACUGGUCAUGGGACGACCAUGACAAGAGACGAUGCAAUGUCAGGGGGUGGUGACGCCGUGUACGAGGUGUGUCUGGGUGACAGGACGACACGAUGACUCGAGGAUCCAGUGGCCUCUGUUUUUAAAGAAAAAAAAUAAUAUAUUGGAAGUUUGUGGCAAUACAGCACACAAUGAAGGAAAUAGAAGACAAAACUGCAAGACGAGGAGAAAAUGAAUGUUUACGAGACAUUAGGGUUUUUUUGAGAACAUUUUGUGUGUGAAUAUUUGUAUACUGUAGAAGAAUUAAUAAAAAAAAUG